UUGAAGUGCACAAUUAAUUUUAAUGAUAUCGCGAUUUGCCAUCACUUGAUUUCACCUAAAGAAAUCACACACCGUUUUGUUGUGAGUAAAAUAGAAACAGAAUUUGCAAUCAUAAGAAAGAAAUGAGGUCUUUAAAAUAUGUAUCAGAUAUUAAGUUAAUCAGUUGCAUAUAACACAAACAUAUCUCAUAUCGAAAACAUAAUCAUUUCUAGUCAAGUUUUGAAAACAUAUUGUUGAAUUCCACUUUUAACUAAACCCUUUCCAUAGCUUAAUAUUACGUCAAUGUGACAAUCAUCAUUUAAAUACCCAAUUUCUUUAAAGAUAUUUCUUAACACUUAUAAAGAUCUUGAGUUUUGAAUACAUGAUAGACUUAUUAUUUACUUGUAUUCCGUCAACGCAAAAGAAUUUACAAUCUUCUGGCCUAAUUUGCUGUCGAUUGUCAAUUGUUUCUCGGCCCCAAUUUAAGCAGUGGGCACUUUGUUAACCCUUCGCACGGUCUGGCGACCCAUUUUAAUGGGCAUUGCAUGAGGUGGCCAACGCAAAUUGCUACUAAACGUCUUCAUCGCUUGUCUUUUGGGGCGGGUAACUUUCGCUUUUUCGGCUGACACGCUCGCCAGUCGGCCAAUAGAGCUGUUUUGGGCCGCCAGAGAACUGUGUGAAGUGGAGUAGGAACAAGGUGUGGGCCAGGAACAAACCCGCAGCACUUCAAGCACUUCUGAUCUGUAUAAUUUGGCCGAGAGCCGACGAGUUGAGUGAACCAGAGGCCAAGUUGUUGGUGGAACGGCCGGCAGCCAAGCGCAUCCCACGGCUGUCCGACCAACUGACCGUUGAAAAUUGGAAAAAUUGCAACGGCCAGUGAAGAAGAAAAUUGCACGGAGCGGGCAAAAAGCAGAGAAACGCGAACUGAAAGCAUUUUUCUUUCUCUCCAGAAGCACCAUUGUUUUAAUUUACAAUUGUGACAAUUCGGCCGACUAUGCUUGACUGCCUCCCCCUUUUCGCCCCCCCGGGAAAGUGCCCCGUGGAAAUGGGAGCUAUAAAAUAUGACCAUGCAAUUGUCAAGGCUUUUAGUUGAACUUCAAGCGUUUUGGCAACAUGUUCCGCACUUUUCCGCUACUCUGUCUGCUGCUCUUCUCGGUUGUCCGCUCGGAAAACUGCGACCAGGAUGCACCAGGUGCCACGUUAUACUGUCGCGGCGAACGGGCUCUGCGAAAUGUCCUGCGGAAUUUGAAUCGGAGCGAAAAACCUCUGGUGGUGGUCAGGGGUCUUGAGAUAGUUCCCCUUCAGAACAACUCACUCGUUGAGGACGAGCAAGAUCCGGACCAAAGCCUACUGGAUAGCCUUUCCUUCUAUUUGCGUACCCACGAGAUCAACGUAAAGCUGACCGAUCUGCUGGAGGAUGAAGCGCCAGUUUCAGAGGCCCGCAAAAAGGACAAAGGCCAGAGCAUGUUGCUGGCGAUGGCCCUGAUGUUCGGCAAAAUGAUGGCCGUGAUGGGUCUGGGCGGCAUCGCAGCCCUGGCCAUGAAGGCGCUGGGCGUGUCCUUGGUGGCCCUGAUGAUGGCCGGGAUGGUUGGCCUGAAGACGGCGGCCCAGCACGGCGGAGAGAGCAGCCACAGCAUUUCGUAUGUGACCGGCGAGGGACACCAUCACAAACGGAGGCGUCGGUCGUCCGGCCAACAACCCUUGGCCUACAGGGACUGGAACUGAGGCUCUUGCUGUGCGAUUUGUUAGUUCUUAUUAUGUAGCACUUAAGUAAUUUAAUAAUGUACCCAUCAUGCAACAGUUGCGAGUUGUUUUUAUUCCCGCUGCAACGAAUCGAGUGCAGUGCCACUCGAGAUGUUGCUGCGGCUCUGGGCAUUCAUGUUGCUGUUGAUGCUGUUGCUGUUGCCGUCGUGCUGCGGCUGAUGUUGCUGCUGCUGCUGCUGCCUCGGAUGCUGCUCUUUGGUUUAUGAAAUCGGUGAAAGUUUAUUUGAGUCGAGCUCGUAUUGUGUAGCCAUCAGCAUCCGCAGCAACAGAAGGCAACCUACACAUGCCAGCAGCGGUCGUGUUUUUGGCUAUACCCUGACACCAAGUUAUAUUCGAUUUUGGCAGAAUGUGGUGGUCAAUUUGUCAGAAAAAGGGGUUAUUUUUUAAAUAAUAAAAAUUAUUUAUUUAUCCAAUAAAUAAGUCAAUGAAUUUCUGAUUAUUGCAAAGAAUAAUUCAAAAUUGUGUGUGCAAUUUUUAUACUUUCCGCUUUUUUUAAUUAUUUAAUUAUUUUAAUUAUUUUUUCAAUUGCCAAGAAAAGAUGACAACUUCAUUUGCAGAUAGCAAAAUAAAUUUUUGUAUGAUACUCAAUGCAAAUAUUACUCUUGUCAGGGUAAUGAAUAUUGGUAAACAUUAUGUAAUUUACAGAAUUUGCUAUUAUACUGGUCUUGUUAACAUGGCCAAGGCAAUCUUAAGCAAAUAUUGUUUAUUGCAAUUAAAACAAAUAGGCAACAAUGAAAAUGCAAUAUACAAUCAAAAACAAAGUCAGCAACAAAACCCACAUCUAUUCACUUUCCGCAAUCAUAGCAUUUUGCAUCAAUGAAUUUGAAUUGAAGCGAAAUCAUUAAUAAAAAUAGGUUCUCUGUUACAUUUAUGACAAACAUAAGACAAAACCAAAAUAGACAAUUUUAAAGUUCAUUAAGCUUUUUAAAAGAGCAUCUCUGCUUCGCCUUCAACCAAUACAAAAUAUCGCGUUUCCUCCUUCUUGUUCAUGGUGUCGUCAUUUGUCAGCCCGCUUUCGUGCAGUGUUAUCGAUGAAGUCGCCAGAUACCUACCGGAUAUCAGAGUUCCGAAGCUCUUUUGCCGGUUCUCUGCUGAUCUGCGCUUCAGAUGGCGACCGAACUCUUAUUUUCCGUGGAAUCUGGUACACGACCACAGGCGCACUGGUGCUGGCCAGCACACAGAUUGAAUUUGCAUAAUGCGUGGCCAACUUUCACUGUAUUUUGGCAGCGCCAACGGUUCUUUUCGACCACCUAAAGCGCCGUGGGCAACAGCAACAGCAACGGCAACACAAAUUACAGCCAUGACAGACCCCAAAAAACAAGAUGUGCGUUCUGUUACACAAUACCAUUAAAGCCGCAGCACUUGAACGGCCAAAACCCGUUAAGCGGCGAGCAGGGAUACACCCAGCACCACAAUAGCUUUGGCCAAGAGCAACUUGCUCUACCUCUUUCCCCUGUAUUUCGUACCUUGUACCCGUCGCCUAAUUGCUCUGUCUACUGGUGGCCGCUUCUUGUGCCGACGCUGCCGCUGCCGCUGCUGCUGUUGCUGCUGCUGUUGCUGCUGCUGCUGCUGCUGCUUCUUUUGUUGAAUCGCUCUUCUGGGGAACUUUCCCUUUUCAACGGCAUUUUACGAGCGCGUCUGCCGGCAGUAAUUAAAUUAUAAAAUAAGUUCAUAAAGGCAAAUUUGUUGUUUUACAAUUCGUAUAUGAUCUGCUAUUUGCUGCCUUUAUAUAAGAGCACACUUGCUCCGGACUUGGAAUUGAUUUUCUAAACGGUGCGCUUUGAUUUUUACAAGACCGCCAGCGUUGGCAAUAAAAGCUGCCGGUUUUAUGGGUUUAUGAGCACGACAACGAUGAUGAUGAGAUGGCUGCCAAGACGUGUGUGAAUGCUGGAGCUACAGCAGCUCCAGCAGCCCAGUCCAGUGCAUAAAUGAAAGUUCAUAAAGAAAUUAGCUGAUUAAUCGUCGUUCGAUGAGCUUGGAAAAUGAC